AAUGUUUUCCUUAAUUCUCAAAACUAUAUAUCAUUAUCACCCCCCUUCAAUAUCGGGAUAUUCGUUAAAAAAAAAUCCUUUAUUCCUUAUUAUUUCGACUCUCUAGGGUUACGGCUUGACGAACGCAGCUGCUCAUCUUCCCUCUUCAAUUCGCGAACCGAAGAGCCGAUCAAAACUGAGGUUAAGACCCUCUAAGCUAGUAUCACACUUCAAUUGCUCAGAAGUUAACUUUGAGAAGAUUGGGGUUUGAGAAGGAUAAGCAAUGGCUGGAGUGUUGGGUGGGGAAUGUUCAUACAAUGAGAGUGGCGUUUCCUCCUACUCCAGGAACUCCAAUGAAAAUCAAGAAGAGGGUUCUCGCUGGUAUUUUGGAAGGAAAGAAAUAGAAGAAAACUCACCUUCCAGGUUGGAUGGUAUCGACUUGAAGAAGGAAACGUACCUCCGCAAGUCUUACUGUACCUUUUUGCAGGACUUGGGUAUGAGAUUGAAAGUUCCUCAGAUUACAAUAGCUACAUCAAUAAUCUUCUGCCAUCGGUUCUUCAUUCGCCAGUCACAUGCUAGGAAUGACAGAAGGACGAUUGCUACAGUCUGCAUGUUCCUUGCUGGAAAAGUUGAAGAAACUCCAAGGCCGUUAAAAGAUGUUAUUGUGGUCUCGUAUGAGAUAAUACACAAGAAGGAUCCUGCUACUGCACAGAAAAUCAAGCAAAAGGAAGUAUAUGAGCAACAAAAAGAGCUUAUACUAAGCGGAGAAAAGAUUGUACUUUCUACAUUAGGAUUUGACUUCAAUGUUUAUCAUCCUUAUAAACCUCUUGUUGAAGCAAUAAAGAAAUUUAAGGUCGCACAGAAUGCUCUGGCCCAAGUUGCAUGGAAUUUUGUUAAUGAUGGUCUGCGGACGUCACUCUGCCUGCAAUUUAAGCCUCACCACAUUGCGGCGGGUGCAAUUUUUCUUGCUGCCAAGUUCCUUAAAGUGAAAUUGCCAUCGGAUGGAGAGAAGGUUUGGUGGCAAGAAUUUGAUGUCACACCUCGACAACUGGAGGAUGUUAGCAACCAAAUGCUUGAGCUAUAUGAGCAAAACCGUGUUCCUGCAUCUCAAGGAAGCGAAGUCGAAAGUAGUGUAGGUGGAGGAUCAGGUCAUCACGUUGGUUCUAAACCAAUAUCAGCACAACGCCCAAGUCAUGAACAUUCAAAAUCUGAUAGUCAUGGAGGCUCUUCAAAAGCUACAGAAAACCAGAGGAAUGAAAAUGGGAGUGGUGAGGCAGGUAGUGUCAUUACGGAGCAUACAGAAAAUCAGCCAGCCGAUAAGUCUAGACCGGGAGUUGAGGAACCGGCGAAGGACAAAACAGAGAGAACAGGUGCACAUCUUCCAGAUGAUAGCGCCGCUCACGAUAAAUCUACAAGUGAUGUUCCGGUCAGCCAGUCGCCGAAAGACUUAAAACUGCUUAGAGAUAAGGUGAAGGCUAAACUAGAGGCUAAGAAGUUGCAAGGUGAAAGGACGAGGAAAAAGGAUCUGAUAGAUGAGGAUGAUUUGAUCGAGAGAGAACUUGAAGAUGUGGAAUUAGCUGUUGACGAUGACAAAGAUAGCCAGAAGAAGAACUCCAAAACCAAUCAUAUGGGUUCAGAACAGGGCGAGCUUCCUGACGGAAACAAGUUGGUAGGCAAUGCCGAGGAAGGUGAAAUGUUAGAUGAUGUUUCUUUAACAGUGCCUAGUCGGAAGAGGAAAAUGGAAAGCCCUUGUGAAAAGCAGUUAGGAGAAGGAAAGAGGCAACACAACGACAGCAGUGAGAAGCUUGAAGAAGGUGACAAGACAAGCCGAGGAGGAAGCAGUAGUCAUAAUAGUCAUGGUGACUGAGAGCUAAAAAGACACUCCCAAGAGAGGUAAAUGAUCUUCUUUGUUUUCACCACCUCAUGAGUCUCUAAGAGACAUUUGGCAAACUUUGAUUUCCAGCCAUGAUGCGAACGUAACUCGGUGUAUUUAUCAAACUUUUAUUUUUGGCACUUGUACUACACAAUCCGAAGGUUGAGAAAUUAAUCCAGGGUUCUAUUGAUCAGAAA